AAUAUAAUAAUAAACUAUAAAAUUUUAUUAUAUAUAUAUAAAUUAUAUAUAUAUAAUAAAUAAUUAAAUAUAAAAAAUAAAAUUUAUUAUUUUAUUUUUUAAAACCUUAAACUAAAAAAAAAACAGUAAUAAUAAAAAUAAAACACAAUAAUAAUAUUAAUAAUAAUAAUAAAAAUAUAAAAUAAAAAUGAAAGAAAAUUUUUUAAAAUUAAUAAUUUAUGGAUUUUUAAUUAUAUUUGGUUAUUUUAUUUAUACCAAUAAUCAAAAAUUAAAUAGUGGUAAUGUAAUAAUAAAAGAUAUUGUUUACGAGAAAUAUCAAAGCAAAGAACAAUUCGAAAAGGGAUUGGACAAACCAGUAAUAUUAGCUCACCGUGGUUCAAGAUAUUUGUUACCAGAGAAUACCAUUUUAGCAUUUAAAACAGCCUUGGACCUAGGUGCCGAUGUUAUAGAAACAGAUGUAAGAUCAUCCUCCGAUGGUGUAUUAGUAGUUAUUCACGAUAACCUUGUUGACCGUACCACCAAUGGUAAAGGCGAAGUCGAGAAGCAUACCGUUGCCCAACUUAGAGAUUUAGAUGCAGGUUAUAAUUUUUCACCAGACAACAGCACAACCUUCCCAUAUCGUUCAAAGGGUAUCAAAAUCCCAUUAGCAAAGGAGCUCUUUGAGUCAUUACCUGCUGAAACCCAAUUAAAUAUCGAGAUUAAAGAAAACAGUUUGGAUGUAGCCCAAUUACUUUGGAAUCAAAUCGAGAACUCAUUUGAAAAAACCAACAGAAAGCCAAGAUCAGUUUUAAUUAGUUGUCGUUACUGCGAACCUACCCAACACAUUCGUAAGUUGGCUCAGCAAUACCAACAAAAGAAAGGUCUCCCAGCCCUCCCAAUUACCACCUCUGCCUGUGAACAAGAUGCUACUAAAUUUGUCAUUUUAAAUCAAUUCUUUUUAGCUCGUAUCUACUAUACUUGGUAUCCAAUUACAAACUUUGAAUGCUUCCAAGUUCCAACCUUCAGUGGUCCAAUUCGUUUAGAUACUCACAGAUUCAUUGACUCUGCUCACUAUUUUGGUAAACAAGUUCACUUUUGGGUCGUUAAUUUUAAUGACGAAAUUAGAAACCUUUUAGAUUUACCAAUUGAUGGUAUUAUCUCUGAUCGUGCCGAUCGUGUUGUUUCAGUCUUUAAAGAAAAAUCACUCAAACCAUCCUCUUUCCAAAUCCCAAAACCAUUACCAUCAAACUCAACAGGCACUUACUUUUUACCAGAAUUUGACAUUGAAGAAAAUCAUACCUGUAUCUCUUUAACCUGUAUACUCGUUCAACGUAUUCAUCAAAUAAUUUUAUCUUUAAUUUUUGCUUUCUUAUUUUUAAAAAUUAUGGCCUUUAAAAAUAGAAAUAAGCAACAAUAAAAAAAAUAAAAUAAAAUAAAAUAAAACAAAAUAAAUAUUUAUUACAU